CCACCCCCUCCACCCAUGAGUGGUCCUAUGAUGUCACUUAAAGAAACUAUUGCAAAGAAUAAAAAAUCCCAGGGUACAGGUGGCAAUAAUACAGGCAAUGGGUCUAAGGAGACUAGACCAGACAUGUCUCAGAUAUUAAAAGGUUUAGGAAAAGUCAAGUUGAAAUCUGUAACUUUGGAAAGGUCUCCAGGUGGAACUCCAAUCAGACCUAAAAAACAAGACGGUGCCACUUCAUUCAUAGCCCAGGCUCUGAAGAAGAAGUUUGCCCACAGACAUGUGUACAGUCCUGACCAGGAUAAAGAGAACAUGAAUGACAGUGGUACCUUCAGCCCAUCAUCUCCAACAACUCCAAAGACUGCAGACUUUGGCCCACACAUGCUUAAACCCGUGAACAGGAGACUUUCUGGCAUCACUAAGGAAAGGAGGCGUUCUGGUGUUCUUAGUCCAUUGGCAGAAGUGAAUAUGUGAUAACAUGGAUAGAUUUUGUUGAAUGAAAGUUGAUUUCUGACCAACUUUGGCUCAAAGUCACACUUACAUGGGUUUCCAAGUGGCAAAAUUGUCAGUGGCGUUUACCUUUCAAAAUUGAGAGGGAGUGGACAAGACUUGGUGCUGUUUGACCCACUAUUCAAAUGCCAGCCAUUUACAGGAAACAAGUUGGACUUUUUGUAUGGUGCUACAACAUUAUCUGAACUUACAAUGUUGUUCACACAAGUUACUUUUCUCAGAUUAAAGGACAGACUUUUCAAUUGAAUGAUCUUUAAGAAAAAUAUUGCAACAUUAUGUCCUUAGAUACUUAAGAGUGUUGUCAUUGAUUUAUUUUAAUGUGUUGAAGCAAAAUGUUUACUUGUAUUAAUCGGGGAUGGUCAAAAGUGCUUGGAUGAAUGCGAUUUUUAAGAGUUCUUUUUAUAAGUUCUGUUUUCAAAUGUCAGAUUUAUUCAGAAUUUAUCAUCUGUAAAUAUGUAAAAAUAAAACAACUGGAAAGUUUUAAUAAAAUUUUAAAACAUGUUCAA